AAAGUCGAUAAAUGGAAUUUGGCGGACAUCCGUAUAUUUUGGUAUGGAUUUCUGGUGGUAAAUAGAGCAAAGCAAAGAAAAAGCAGACUACAAUCGCGUUUUUAAUUCGGCAAUAAAGUUAAAAAGUAUAUGUACAUUCCAAAUACGUUUUAUCAAAGUUUUUUGUUUGGCCACAAAUGUGUGUGUGUGGUGCGCACAUGCAUAUACAUAUUUACGAUUGUUUUGUGUUAUUGUUGCGUUUGAAAUAUCGGAAUAUGUACAUACAUGCAAACAUACAUAUAAAUAUUUAAUUACUUUGUUUAUGACAACAUAAUUCUGUCUUUUGGCAUUGAACAACUCAAUCAACAAGGAUCUAACCGAACAUUUCAAUCUUAUUUUAGCCGAUUCACACAAUGUCAGAUGGAUCACCGCCUCCAUCGAUUUGCUUUAUACGCGCCGCCGAAUCUUAUCCAAAAUCACAAAUGGAGAAGGAAGACUCGCAGCUGUUUGUACCAUUUCCAGAACUUGCUGGCGAGUCAAUCAAGUACCUAGGACGUACCGAUGAUGGUGUUCUGGCGCUGUCAAAUUAUCGCAUAUUUUUAUCAAAAAAAUCAACGGCAUACGAGACUUAUGUGCCCUUGGGUCUGAUCGAAUCGGUGCAGGUGCGUGACCUGUUCCAGCUGAUUGUCAAUUGCAAGGAUGCCAGCACGGUUAGGUGCUCCUUUCAGUCCGCCGAGCAAUGCUCGGAAUGGCAGCGACGCAUACAGCUGCUAAUCGGUGUACCUGUAUCGCUGGAGACGCUCUUUGCCUUCCCCUUUUACUCGUGGACCUGUGACAUUAUUGGAAUAGCCAAUGCCAAUGCCAAUGCCCAUGCCCAGGCGAAUGGUAAUGGCUAUGGAAAAGAGCGCAUUCCUUUGUCAAAUGGUUCUGGAUUUGGAUCUUGUGUGAAACCCCCUGCCUUAUUCAGUGAGACCUUUCCAACGGCCUGCGAGAUAGCAGCACCGCAGGCAAGCAGUCGCUUGCAGCGUGAAGUUCGAUAUGAGAGUGAUUUCAAGAAUGAGGUGGCACGUCUGGGCUUCGAUUUGAAGGGCUCGUGGCGCAUCUCGACAGCAAAUGCCGACUUUAAGCUCUGUCCAUCGUAUCCGCCAAAAUUGCUUGUUCCUUGCUGCAUCACCGACGAAAUGCUCCACAAUGUGGCCAACUUUCGUGGUUCAAGGCGUCUGCCGGCCGUCGUCUGGCGGCAUCAGAAGUCUGGUGCCAUAUUGGCACGCUGCAGUCAGCCGGAGGUCGGUUGGCUAGGUUGGCGGAACACCAAAGAUGAGCAACUGCUGAAAGCACUGGCCGAUGCCUGCGCCUUUGACAGAGGCGAGCAUAACAGGCGCCAGACACAGACACAAUCCUCAAAGGCCCAAGCACCCGCUUACGCCGCUGCUUCAAAGGACACAAACGGGCAGUCAAAUAGCUCGGGCAAUAGCUCGCCGUCGCUGGAUGACUCAUCAUCGCAUGAAGAGCUUGCCCUGGACGAAAUACGAAAAAUUCUCAUUGUUGAUGCACGCAGCUAUACAUCGGCUGUGACGAAUCGUGCACGCGGUGGCGGCUGUGAAUGCAUUGAGUAUUAUCCAUGCGCCGAAAUCGAAUUCAUGAGCUUGGGUAACAUUCAUGCGAUUCGUAAGAGCUUUCAUGCAGUCCGGCAGCUGUGCGCCUCAUCGCCAGAUGAUCCAAAUUGGUUUGGGCAGUUGGAAAAGACCAUGUGGAUGCAGCAUUUGUCGGGUCUACUGGGCGCAGCCAUGACCGUUGUCCACACGAUCGAGAAGAACGGGCGACCCGUGCUAGUGCACUGCUCCGAUGGUUGGGAUCGUACGCCACAGAUCGUGGCCACAGCGCAACUGUGUCUGGAUCCAUACUAUCGAACUGUUGAAGGUUUCCGUGUUCUGGUUCAACGGGAAUGGUUGAAUUUUGGUCACAAAUUCGCCGAUCGUUCGGGCAAUGGCCCCAACUCUGAUGAGGUGAACGAGCGUUGCCCCGUUUUUCUACAAUGGCUGGACCUGGUGCAUCAAAUCCAUAGACAGUAUCCAUGCAGUUUUGAAUUCAGUAUUGGCUACUUGAUAAAACUAGCACAACACUCGCUAUCCUGCCUGUUUGGCACUUUCCUAUGCAACUCGUUGAGGGAACGCAUUGAGAAUUCCGUUUUUGAUCGUACGUUUUCAGUGUGGCCAUUUUUAGCUGAAACUAUGUAUAGAAAUCCACUCUAUAAGCAUGAGACUGAAAAGGUUCUUUGGCCAGCGCACAGUGUGCGGUUUUUAUAUUUUUGGUCUGACGUUUAUCUUGGUAGCUUAGGCAACAAAAAUGGUACUGAUCUUCCAUUACUAAGUAAUGAACGACAAAGUGCCCAUAAUGGUCCGUUGACUAAAACACGAUCCUCUGAAGAUCUAACAACGAAUGAAUUGGGUCAGAGCACUAUUUCGAGGAGAUCGAGUGAUCCGAAUUUGACCGUGGAAUCAAUUGUUUCCGAGUGCGCUUUAAAUGUGAAUAGUAACUCGAUGUUUGAUAUACGAUCGGAGGCAGACAGGAGGCAGUGUGGUAGUGCAAAUAAUGCCCCUGAUAAUGUUAAAGACUCCAAAGAACCAGAGGUAAAGCUUAAGGGUGCCGAAGACGAGACAGAUGCCAGCUGUGGCUCUACAACGUGGACCUCCAAGCAGUUGAAAAACGACCAAAGUACAGCUUCUAACCGUGAUAUAAUAUUGGAAGCAGCAGCAUCAGUGACGGCGCCAGAGCCAUCUCAGCCCCAAAACUGUGAAACGGCAAAUGCUGUCCAUGCCUUAUCGAACGAUCGAGAACAACAAGAGAAAAGUGAUACAAGCCGCGCUCUUUGGCAUGGCCAAAUUGAUACUAGUACAGAUACCCCAAUUCCUACAGAGGCCGUGCAAGAAACGAAAUCUGACAAUAACCAUCCCGUAGCGUCUUUGGAGAAUCGCGUGAUAAGCAAGGACAAAAAACCAAAUCAAAUAGUAGCACCAGUACCAGUCGCUGUCCCAAGUGCUCCUACCCCAAACAAUAAGAUCAGUCAAAGCUGCAACAAUUUGCCUCGGGUACACAGCAAACCAAACACGAACACGAAUUCGAGUGCUUCUGCUGCGCCUGCUGCUACUGCUGCUACUGCUCCUACGGCUCCUACUGCACUCUGCACGAAUACUACGCAAAGAAAAGAAGCGAGCGCACAUUUUCCGCACCAUUUGGAUUUGCAUGUGCCCAGCAGAUGCAAGGAGGAGCAGAAAAAUACGAAUGGUUCGAUGAUUGAUGCAGAUAAUGCUGCUGAUGAAAAACUGUUCAUGUCACCCGAGCUACUGCCCACGCUCGGCAGUCGAACCCGCAGGAAUACAUUUGGUUCGAGCUACAGCCGGGAUAUUGGACAUUUGAAAUUUGCAGAAAAUGGCAGCUCACAUAAUUUCGCUUUGGCGGGUGGACUUAUUUCAUUGCCACCUACGCCAGUGGGUGUUCAGGAACGGCCGCACUUCACAAUAUCCUGCCCCGAUGGCCUGGCCCACGGCCUAAGUGAACAAAACAUAAGACUCCAUCAGAUAGUACAAGAACACAAGCAACGCGAAGAGUUACUUCUGCGGGAAAUACAUGGCAUGCGUCUGGCGCUCUUGGAGAAGGGCUGUCCCAGCUGUAAUAGCAUCGUCUCGACCAAUGUGGAACACGAAAACGGAUCGGAUACCGUUGAAAAUGCCUCGACGUGUUCUUGGGAGGCCGUCGAAGAGCGUAAUGGCCCCUCAUCGUAUGCCCCAUCUUCGAUACAAGAGAAAAAAGCAACCAGCGUUCUCUGGGUACCAGAUCAUGCCGUUUCACGUUGCUCCAGUUGUCAAACUGAGUUCUGGCUUGGACGAAGAAAACAUCAUUGUCGAUCAUGUGGAGAAAUUUUUUGUGCUGACUGUUCGGAAUUUUGGGCCCCUUUGCCGUAUGAGAAGCUUUUCAAUCCCGUAAGGCUAUGUGGGUCUUGUUAUACUACAGUUACAUCCAAUGUCCAUGAGUAUGCUGCCGUGCCUUCCGACUCCACGGCGAAUGAAACAGCGGCUAGCCCUUCUGCCAGCGCCUAAGACAAGCUUUCUUUAUGCUGUGGGUUGCUUGCUCCUCCUCCAGCCUUGUAUCGAUAUGUACAUAUAAUACAUAUACUCAACAAACAAUAUUUAUUACAUAUGUAUGUGUUAUAGCACCAUAAUAGCCGAAAUUCCUUUGUGCGAUUGUAAAGAACACGAAAUUAUACAAAUUUUGUUAGAUAUAUAUAUUAUGGAUAUAUGGACACAAAAUGUACAU